AUGGUGCUCUAUGGUGACUUCAAGUUCCUACUAAUUCCUCCGAUUUCCUUGUUGAAUGCGGGGUGGGGGAGGACGUGGUUGAAGUACAUGGGGUGCGGUGGCAUUGACCUGGUAGAGCUUGGGCAGAAGUCCGGCCGCUGGCCCAGAUCGAAGCGUCAGAAUCUGGUCCUGCCUGGAGUUGGGGCAGGCGUGUGGCUUAAGCCCGAGCUGACCGAUGAGGAAAAGGCAGACGUCAAGGAAGGCAAGAUUGUUUUGGAGGUUCCGCGGCAGGCCUGGAUUCUGGCAGACCCUGCUGCCUCCAGCGACAGCGACAUUGAGGAACUGCUUGCUGCAGAGCUCCUCAAAGAAAGGGCCAAAGGGCCUGCUUCCUACUGCGAACCGUACGUAGACUUCUUGUGGCGCAGGGAUCUCUCGCACCAUCCGAUGUUUUGGACGCCAGAUGAGCUCUCGUGGCUGUCUGCCUGCGAUGGAGCGCAAGCGGCCGUCCUCGCUUUGCAGGAGCAGGCGGAACGGCGCGUGGAAAGGCUGCGGCGGCUUGGACUGUCGGUGCCGGAGGAGGAUUUGCGUUUCGCCCUCUGCCUCGUGGAGAGCAGGGCAAUCCAGACCGAAGGAGUUUGCGGCGCCCUGGUGCCGCUACUGGACCACCUUCGCAACGACUCCACUGCCAGCCCGGCUCUGAUCGUUGGAGAUGAAGGAGUCGAAGGCGGUCCAAUGGUGGGUGUGGCGCCGCUCGAGAAAAAUAUGCUUCGCGAUCUGGAGCCUGGCGCCGAGUUGCGGAACUGUUUCGAGCCCGUGAGCAACCUGGAGCUCUUCACCCAGUACGGGGAGGUGCAGAUCAGGGACAGCGCGGGAGAAGAGGCCGUGCCAGAAGCGAAUGCGUUCAACUAUGUCCAGCUCCCAGUCAAAGCUCUUCCGGAGCAUUGGCGUGGAAGCUCAGAGUCGCUGAAGCAGGUGAAGCUGGACAUCCUGCGAAGGCGUGCUGGCCGCGAAGCUGGCGACGGCGCCGACGGCACCGAGCCAGUCAUGCGUCUUCCCAUGGAUGCCAUGGUGACUGGUCGACUGCUACCUGCGGCACGCUUCAUUUGCAUGCCGGUGCCAUCGCAGGACAUGGAGGAGCUUUGCAAUGAGCUCUUCACCAAUCUGUUCUCAGAUUGCAACUCUGUCGUACAAGAUGGUGAUCCCAGCCUCCUGCCCGGGAACAACGUUGACUGGGGCAGCCGCUCCGCCAGUUCGCGGGCGCCGCCGGCCAACACAGACGAGUUGGCGCUGGAAGUCAAGGCCCGUGUCCUGGUGGCCGAGUGGUUUGAGAACAGCUUGCGCGGCUACAAUAAGAUGUCGGAGAGGAUCGCUCAGGAGCUGGAAGACACGCUGAUUACUUCACCUUCGCUUGGAUCUUCAAGUGGGCCUGCGGAUGGUGGUCAGCCGCGACUGGCAGAAGUUACCUACGCCUACUACAAGGCGAAGCGUAAGGAUGGCAGCAAGGGGAAGAGCCGGGCUCCAAAGACGUGCCGAGUGCUUUCCUCUCGUCCCGCCGAGAAGACGGUGACAGUUCAAUUCUUGGAAAAUGGUGUGAGGCACACCAUCCCUGAGGACUGGCUCGUCCGCGAGGCUGACAAAGGCGGGCGUGGCCGAGCACACUAG